AUGAUUAUCAAGGAUUGUGGUACGCCUGAUUCAAAUAUAAACAAAUUCAAUAGAUUUUACAAUUACCAUAGCGAUAAUUGCACGUUUACUGAUGACUAUAGUCCAUUACGGGGGUUUCCUCAUUCAUUUUUAGAAGCAAACCUUCUCAAAGUACACUUUUUUUGUAUCUUAAGUUGUUUUAUGUUUUCUUCUAUUUUGUCUGUCGGACUACUAGUUUUCAUAGUUUCUUCUACUACUGUCCAAGGGCAAAAGGAGAUUGGCUUUGACUUAUUCGAAGUGAGUGAAGAUGAAGUUCCAUGCGCCCCGGGCUGUUCGCACAAUGGUGUUUGUUGGGAAGAAAUGGACAUUUGUAACUGUACGUCUCUUUUUGAAGGAGACCGUUGCGAGUCUUUAAAUUCUUCACUCAAGUUGUGGAUCAUUGUAAUCAGUCUAGCAGCGAUGCUAGGAAUUAUAUAUUAUUUUUGUCGCAAGGGAAGUAGCAAUAAGCGUUAUCAAGUACCUAGCCUGCCAGUGGUCGACCCGUUUAUAUCGAGUCUGGAUCGGAUACGGAACUCCGACUCAGCGAAGCAAAUGUGGAUGGGAGAUAAGUUUCAGUCUCGCGAUAGCUAUCUCAAAUCGAACCAGCAACGAAAAGAGCGUUGGUGGAAACCGAAGCAGAAGUAUUCUUCCGUACCUGUGGACGAGACGUAG